AGCGUUUCGCAUCUCAAAUUCGGCCCAAAGGGUUGCGCUCCCUGCUCCUCCGCUCUGAUUUUUUCCGCACCAUGGCGGACGAAGCCAAAGAGCUGCUGUUGGAAGAGGAUAAGAGUAUUGUGGAGCACGCCUACACUGCCCGUGGCGACCAGAGCCUCAUGGACAUGCUCCGGCACUUCUUCACGCGAGGGCACCAGGGCCGCGUGACCUGUGUGGACGCCUCGGCGGCGGCGGACUUUGUGGUCUCCGGGGGGGUGGACUACACCGUGAGGAUCUGGAAGUACGACAUCACACAUGCUUCCUACGACUUGUUCGCGAUUUUGGUGCAGACCCCGCCGGUGCCUCUGCCGGUGGAGGAGAAGGGCAUUUUCCAGAAGAUCUGGGAGAUGGCCUUCCCCAAGGAGAUCGACUGGGACGACGAAGUCCACAGCAACCGGGGCAUCACUGCGGUGGCACCUUUGAGUUCUCGGUAUGAGAAUCCCUUCGACGAGAACGAGAAGAUGCGGAACGGCCCCAUCGCCAGCGGCAACGCCCACGGCGACUUCUUCCUGCACUCCAUGUACUCCAUGGUCACCGAUGAAGAAAGUGGGGAAGACAAUUGCAUGGUCAAGGGUUCCUACAAGUGCAUCCGCAAGCUCCACAGUGGUGCCAUCAACGACUUGGCAGUGGGCCCGUUGUACGCGGACGGCGAGGAGGGCAACACCUUCCAAAUCGCCACCAGCGGUGAGGACAACUGCGUGAAGCUGAUCAAGGUGACCUGUGAGGAACUCAGCAACCCCAACUACGCGGAGCCGCCUGCGGCCCCUCAAGGCUUGGAGGCGGUGGCGAACUUCUUCUUCAAGGGCGGCGGCAUCGUGCGCGACACGGGGAAGAAGCUGGAGAAGCGCUCCAGCCAGGAGAUGGUGGAGACGGUGGAAGACGUGGAGGCGGCGGAAAUGGAUGACGCGGAGAUGGACGAGGAGGAAGAGGUCGAGGAGGUGGAGGACAAGUACGUGCUGGGGCUCAGCGAAAUGAGCGACCGGGACUCUGUGAUCACUUUGACGCACAAGGCGCCGGUGGACUGCUGCCGCUUCGUGGGGGACUACGGGAAGGCCAAGGCGCGCUUCGUCAGCUGCACCAAGGACGGGGUCUACUUGUGGAGCGGCGAGGGCGCCUGCAUGGCGGAGCUGUCGUUGUCCGUGGAGCGCUACAGGCGGGCGGUGCACGACAAGCUGGGGGACUGGAAGGUGAGCCUUGACGAGGCUGGCAAGGUCCAGAAGGAGAUCCUCUGCUGCUCCGCCGCCUGGAAGAAGAACGGGACCUUGAUCUUCGCCUCCACUGACUGCGGCGAGGAGAAGUACGUGGGCGUAUGGUCCAUCAAGAAGGGCGAUCCGGGCCUCUUGAACGAGGAGUAUUCGGGCCUGGAGUACAAGGAAGCCCACAAAGUGAGCGAGAAGAACGAUGACGGCCUGCAUAUGGUGCGACCGGUGGCCAUCUACCAUCAGCCCGGCGUCAUGAUGGACGUGGACAAGCAAGGCCACGCCACGGCCUUUGUCACCGACCGGCGCCAGGAUUUCGACAUUGCCAUGUGGAACCUCGAAGCCGCGCCGCCCAACAUGAUGCUCUUCUUGCCGGAGGACCCGGCCAAUCUGCUGAUCAUGCCGGGCCGCGAGACUGUGGACCUGGUGAUGACCCACAGCUCCAAAGUCAUCGACACCACGGUGGUGGAGGACUCCGAGGGCCCCGCGCUGGUGGUGGGCUGCGACGAGGGCGCCGUCUACGCCUGGGACUUGUCGGGCCACGACAAGGGGCAGAUCUAUGCCGAGAUGCGCUCGUUGCUCCCGCAGGAGGUGUUUCUGCCGCCUUUGCUCCUCAUCGUGGGCGCCAUGCAGAUGGUCUCCUUCGCCUUCGGCCCGGCGAUCCCGUGGAAGGAAACAGUGAAGCAGCCGGCGGUGGUGACCCACCAAGUGAUGAUGCUGGACUUCAAGUUCACGGUGAAGAUCGACAAGGCCAUGAUCUUCUGGCCCGAGGUGAUCGCCAUCCUGAUCUUCCAGAUUCUCUUCCUGUUCUCCGCCUUCGGCGGGCUUCCGGCCGUGUUCGACUCCUUCUGCCGCUCCGUGCAGAACUCCUCCCAGUUCAAGUAUGAGAUGGAGAAUGGCGCUGGGUUCCGUCAUCUGGUGCUGAAGGUGGCAAAAGGCCUCACUGCUGUGAUGUACCUGAUGAUGCAGCUCCUCUCUACCGUCCUGGUGGUGCCCAUCGUGCAAUCCAUCGCAGAGUCCCUGAACUGCGUCAGGCCAGAAGACACGCCCUGGACUGACAUGUUGACGGGCAACCCCCACAACACCAUCUACUUGGCGUCGGCGCCUGAUGUGAUGUGCUUCAAGGGGAACCACGUCUUGCUGCUGCUCGCCAUUUCCAUCCUUCUGCCCAUCUACUUCUACACCCUGGUGCCCUUCGCGGUGUGCGGCGGCGACGCGCACUACGUCCCCCGCAGCGUCAUGCUCGACUACAAGAUCUGGGAGAAAGACAACACUUGGUGGAAGGCCUCGGAGCGCGCCGCCACGGACCUGCACUUGGCCUUCCUGCACCCCAACCCUCGGGAGGUCUUCCGCACCAACAUGCUGGACCUCAUGGCCAAGAUCUCCCUGCCGGUGGUGACCAUCCUCUGCGCCCCGGAUCCGCUGGUGGAGAUGUGCUUCGUCUUCCUCAUCGGUACGGUGAUGUGGAUUAACUCCAUGGUGCAUCCACCCUACGUGGAGAGGAAGAUGACGGUCCUCGUUCAGGACUUGAAGCUUUUCACCAUGCUGACCAUGGGCUGCGGCGUGCUGACAGUGUACCUGCAAGACCCGUCCUCCAACGUCCCGAUCUACUGCCUCAUCGGCAGCGGCGUGUUUGUGCUGCUGCUGCUGGUGCUGCAGAUGUCCUUGCUGCAGGCUGGGCGUCCGGUGGUGCACAAGCUGGUGGUCGGCAACGAGGACGUCGAGCCACAGGAGCCUCAGGAGUGAGCCAUUUGAGAUGCGGCCAAAGAGAUCCCAUCCCUGGCCAAAGGCGCAGUGGGGUCCCCAACGCGGGCGGACACGACGGGAAGAGUUUUCGCGAGGUCUGGGCGCCCUUUUUGCAGGCCCCGGAUUUUGGAAGGAGACCAUCCUCUGAGAUUGGCUGGUGCA